AGCGUUGUGGUGAGGUGUGGAAGAAAUGGAAGAUGGCAAGAUAGUGAUUAUCAGAUGUUUUGUGAAAACAUGACGCAUUUUUGGCAUAGGUAGCUGAAGUGUGUAGGGUUUCUCGGAAGCCUUUAACUUUCCGAUACUGGGUCAAUCAGUUGUGAAGAGAGAUUGCUCGUUUUUCCCGUAGCAUUGCUCUUUUGAGUGUUUUGUAUUCAUAGAAUAUUUCAAGAUGGCGCAUAACCUGGCACCUAGUGUAAACUGCUCAUUAGAUGACAUUGAUUUGAAUGCUUUAAAGGAUCCUGCUGGUAUCUUUGAGCUAAUUGAAGUUGUUGGCCAUGGGACUUACGGACAGGUGUACAAGGGGCGCCAUACAAAGACUGGUCAGCUGGCAGCCAUCAAAGUUAUGGAUGUCACUGAAGAUGAAGAAGAAGAGAUAAAGCUGGAGAUUAACGUACUGAAAAAGUACUCAAAUCACCGUAACAUUGCAACAUAUUAUGGGGCCUUUAUAAAGAAGAUUCCUCCUGGAAAAGAUGACCAGCUGUGGUUAGUGAUGGAGUACUGUGGUGCUGGAUCAGUCACGGAUCUUGUGAAAUCAACAAAGGGGCAAAGUUUGAAAGAGGAAUGGAUUGCAUACAUUUGUCGUGAAAUUUUACGAGGCCUUAGCUACCUUCAUUCAAACAAAGUAAUUCACAGGGAUAUAAAAGGCCAAAAUGUGCUCCUCACAGACAAUGCUGAAGUGAAAUUAGUUGAUUUUGGUGUCAGUGCUCAACUGGAUCGGACAAUUGGGCGCCGUAAUACUUUCAUUGGCACGCCGUACUGGAUGGCACCUGAAGUAAUUGCUUGUGAUGAGAAUGCAGAUGCCACUUAUGACAAUCGGAGUGAUCUGUGGUCCUUAGGCAUAACAGCACUGGAAAUGGCAGAGUCACAGCCUCCCCUCUGUGAUAUGCAUCCAAUGCGUGCACUUUUCCUCAUUCCACGAAACCCAGCACCUCGACUAAAGUCAAAAAAAUGGGCAAAAAAAUUCCAUGGUUUCAUUGAAACUGUUUUGGUGAAGGAUUACCACCAGAGACCGUACACGGAACAGUUGCUAAAACAUCCUUUUAUCCGUGAUCAGCCCACUGAAAGGCAAGUGAGGAUACAGUUGAAAGACCAUAUUGAUCGGUGCAAGAAAAGAAAACAGGAGAAAGAACGUGAGGACUACCAUUAUAGCGGUUCUGAAAAUGAAGAAGAAGAACCAGCAACAGCAGGUGAACCAUCCUCCAUUGUUCAGGCUCCAGGAGGCGAUACACUUCGUAGGAACUUUGCACAAAUUCAGGAGGGUAGGACAUUAACUCAGAAUGAAUCCAAGGAAUCAAAGCACAGUAGAAAAAAUGAGAGGGAGGAAAUUCCAGAACCUGGUCCUCCUGCAAGACCACCAAUUCCCCAGAGAUUAAUUGUCGUUCCUGAUCCUCAUCCUCCUUCGCGGCCCUUACCACCACCACCUAGGGAGGAUCGGCAACAGAAACCAGCUACACCACCAACAGGGGGUAAUAGUCAUCAGCAGUCAGCGACACAGUCACAACAGCAGCAGCAGCAACAGCCGCAACAACCACAGCCACAGCAGCGCAAUUCUCACAUCUUCAAGCCAAUGCUCCCACCACGAAGACCAGAGGAUUUGGACAUGAUUGUGGAUCAGCUGAAUGAGUUAGUUAUGGGCCAGCAGGAAGUACCAGCAAGAUCUCGUCAAAAUGGGAAAGGACCUUUACCAUCAUCUCUUCCACAAUCUUCUUCUUCAAUUUUGGAUGCUGCUGACUCAGAUUCUGAUGACGAUGAUGAUGGCAAAGUCCGCAAUGAUGGGACACUUCUGGCAAGCGAUCCUCCAAAACCACUGCCUGAACUCUCCCCCUACAGGCCAUUGGAUCCAGGGCACCAGCCUCAGACAAUGGUCAUACAUGAAGGUGCUUCUUCCAGUGGUGCUCCAAACAGACCUCUGCCACCCACGCCAGAUGAAGAAGAAGGCUCUGAUAGGACUCUUGUCAUGAAAAGGAGAGAAGCAGCAGCCAAAGCACAACAGCACAAACAAAGCCGACGAUCAGAAAUUGAUGAGCAAAAACUGCUGAAAGAAUGGGACUUGGAUUUUGGUAGAUAUUUCCAUGGUUUUAGUGAACGCUUAGACAAAUUAAAGGGGGAAGAUAAGACAGAAAACAAUAACAAAACCAAAGAUAAAGACAGUUGUGAUGUUAGCAGCCAGAAUGAUGUCAGUGGAAAAUUUUCUGUGAAUGAGCAAAAAAAUGCUCCUCAGCAUCGCAGAAACGAAUCAGAUUCCCGCAUUUCAGUGCCAUUUGGAUUUCGACGUGAAAAUUCUGAUUUUUUCCCGGCUUCUAGUCGCCAUUCUGCCAUUUUAAUGGAAUCAAAAAAUCACGGCUCUGGAAUUUCAUUUUCUGGUAAUGGACGGAGGGGCUCUGACAUUCCAGGAUCAUCAGUUGCUGGCUUGAACCUCCUUGGUGGGCUUGGGAAGAAGGGGAACAGUUCAAAUAAUAGAAAUGGUGAACCUGUUCUGACAGAUUUUAAUCAUAGCAAAGCAAGUCCAGAAUUUCCUGUGAGACCACGGAGAGAGAAGACUGAGGGGGACAUUGUGCUGCUGAGAAACAGACAGGAUCUGCGGCACGGGCUAGAGCCUCGCUGCUUAGAUGGGGAGCAGAGAUUCUCUCGUGAUGCAGAUGGCAUGCGGAGACGGAGCAGUCAAGCUGUAGAUAGCAGCACAAGCAGCAUUGCCACGCUCGAGAUCGGAGAGUACAGCCUCCGACAGAAUCGCGAGGAUCGUCGUACUGAUUUCCAUCGCAUGGAUUCAUCGCCAGGACAGCUGGGGACCCCAGGGUCACGUACAAGUUCAGUUUUACCAGAUCUUCUCUCACAGACUUCGUCUAGUCCUGGCACACCAAACCAGAGGCAAGAUAAGUCAACUAGUGAAGAGUAUCGUCAGGCUGUUUCUAAAUCUCCUCCACACCUCCUUCAACAGAAACAACGUUCCUUCUUAACUUUUGGAUUUGGUGCUGGUGGGUCUGGUCCUGCGAGAAGAGAAUCUCAUGUGAAUGUGAAUGUAACCCCGACAUCACAUGAUGUUGGUUCUGAUACACCAGAGAUCCGCAAAUACAAGAAGAGAUUCAAUUCAGAAAUUUUAUGUGCUGCACUGUGGGGAGUAAAUCUCCUUAUUGGCACAGAAAAUGGACUGAUGCUGCUUGAUCGUAGUGGACAAGGGAAAGUAUACCAGCUUAUUUCCCGCCGAAGGUUCCAACAAAUGGAAGUGCUCGAGGGACAGAAUAUUCUAGUGACAAUAUCAGGAAAGAAGAACCGUGUACGUGUUUACUAUCUGUCGUGGUUGAAGUCAAAAAUAUUGCGUACAGAUGGUGUUAGCGAUCAAGUUGAACGAAGAAAUGGUUGGAUCAAUGUCGGUGACUUGCAAGGAGCUGUGCACUUCAAAAUCGUUAAAUAUGAGCGGAUUAAAUUUUUAGUUAUUGCUCUGAAGGACAGUAUAGAGAUUUAUGCCUGGGCACCAAAGCCGUAUCAUAAAUUUAUGGCCUUUAAGUCAUUUGCAGAUCUGGCACAUCGUCCACUGUUGGUGGAUCUCACUGUAGAAGAAGGUUCACGACUGAAGGUCAUUUAUGGAUCAGCUGAUGGCUUCCAUGCAGUGGACCUUGAUUCUGCUUCUGUCUAUGACAUUUACUUGCCUAAGCAUACACAAGGACCCAUCUCUCCUCAUUGCAUAGUGCCUUUGCCUAACUCUAAUGGUAUGCAGUUAUUGUUGUGCUAUGACAACGAAGGAGUGUAUGUUAACACAUAUGGAAAGGUGUCCAAGAACAUUGUGUUGCAGUGGGGAGAGAUGCCUACAUCUGUUGCAUAUAUAGGAACUGGCCAAAUAAUGGGCUGGGGAAAUAAAGCAAUAGAAAUUAGAAGUGUUGAAACUGGUCACCUGGAUGGUGUCUUUAUGCAUAAAAAGGCUCAGAGGUUGAAGUUCCUCUGUGAAAGGAAUGACAAGGUGUUCUUCUCGUCAGCAAAAGGAGGGUCAUCUUGCCAGAUCUAUUUCAUGACACUGAACAAGCCUGGUAUGGCUAAUUGGUGAUAGUUUUUAUUAGUGGCAACUGUUAUAAAAUACUCAAAACACCAAAUCUUAUCCUGCAUAAGGGAUGCAUGAUCAAAAUUGGAUGCUGCUUCCUGAGGUAAAGAAACAGUGCUCAGGAAAAUGACCAUUCAUGCAUUACUUGCCUAAUGACAUGAUUAUUUAUUUUCAAAAUAUCCAAAAGACUGUUGAACGGCUGUAGAAUAGUGUAGGUACAAAGUAGAAUUAUAAAAAAAGAAAAAGGUGUUGGUCAAUGAAUGAUGAAAUAAGUUUCACUGAUACUCACUUAGUGCUUAUUCCAUUUCUUAAUGAACAAACGUGCAUAAUAAGUACUUAAAGGACCAUUAUUUCCUUCCUAUUUUGUUCUGUGAAUGUACAUUCUAAAAAAAAGAAAAAAAAGUUGUGCACCUUUCUCCAAUGGCAGGAGAUGUACUUGCCUCUCGAUACAGAUUUUGAAAAACUUUACCAUGAAAAAUGAAGUUGACUAGAGUACAAAUUGUUGAAUAGCAAAUAUGACUUAUUUGUGCCUUUUCCUGACCUUGCUUGAAAAAGCUCUCUUUUCGAAAUUUUAAUAUUAUCUUUCUACACCUAAUUCCAUUGCUGCAUAAAUUCUUCAGCAAUAAUAGUUGAGUUGUAAAUUAAGCAGCUGUUCAUUGUGUUGUUGAGUAACAAGUGAAUUAGUGUAGUUAACUUAGUACAUCCAAGUUUGUCAGGCAUCCCUUGAAGGUUGUAUUCUGUGCCAGCACUUGUUGUCAGGUGAAGGCUGAUCAUUCAGCUUUGAGAAACUUGUUAUGUAGUCAGUGGGUUGUUCAUGUUUUGAUAGUAUGAGAAACCCCACAAUAUUUUUAAAUUAGAAUCUAUGUCUGUGAUUUUUUUCCUCCAUUCAUUUUGAUCAUGUUAGUACUGGAGGGAAUAUUAAAGGUAUAUAUUGCCUACCAUUAAACAUUUUUACGCUCAAACUGCAGUCAUUUAUAUAAAAUAAUAAUUAAAAAAAAAAGGCUCAUAUUCACCACAGUUUGUAAUGAAUGCGUACUAAAUUAUAGCAAUCACAGUGGGGGUUUUUUAUAUGCAAAUUUAUUGAUGAUAGUAGUACAGUUAGAUAACAGCAUUUAUGUUUUAUAGUUUGAAGCAGUUUGUCACCAUUGUUUACAUUUUAUGAAUGAGAUAUUGUAACAUUGAUGAUCGGUUUUGAGGACCACAAGAUUGUAAUUUUAGUUGUUUUUAUGUUAAUAUCAAAUCAGUAUAGUAAUACUGUAAGUUUGGUGCUUCCAGUGAUUGUGGCUCUCAUUGUGGUUGCUAUUGCCUUAUUAAUAUAAUAACUUUAAAGAUCUGUAAAGGACUUUUUUUUAAAAAACUAUAAUCUUACUGUUGUAAACAAAACAGAAAUUUGUGACAUAAAGAUUUUUUUACUGGUGCAAAUUAAAAGACUGUUCUGGUAUAAGCUAAAAUACAAUAUGGGCAUGUAUUGUAACAUUGCCCCUGCUCCACAUUGCUCUGGGGAUUAAUGCUUCACAUUAUUAAUGAAACCAAAAGCUUCUGGAAAUCUAAUUAAACUUUAGUCUGUUUAUGUUGUUCUGUGCAGCCCUUUAAAUUUGCAGUUUCAGGUUUUGUACUGUUUAUAAAAGUAAUUUGGAUUAAUGCAGCUUUUGAAGCACUGUGUAUUGAAGAUAAAUUUUGUUUUUAUUACCCAAACUGAACUGUUGUUAAUAUUUCAUCUUUGAUAUUUCCUUUUUUAUGGAAUUGAACAUUCAGUAUUCAUAUUAAGUACCACUUUCCAUAUAGUGAAUUUAUUUUAUACUGUAACGACGUCAUAUCUGAAGAACAAGAACAGUUUGGGAGAAAAUAAAUUUAGUUUGGUACUAACAGGCACCUGUUUUGAGCUGUUUACAUAUGUAGGUUUAGCUUUUGAUGAUGACUGACUGUGAUAAUAUAUAUAUUUUGAUAACAUGCUUUAUAACAUCUGUACUGCAUUUUUUAUUUGAUUAGUACUUCAUUUUGAAACCAGCAAUCGUAACGUUUUACAGUUGUAUCCAUUCAGCAGUUACAAAACACGAAAACUGUUUUCAGAUUUUGCUUUGUCUAUUUGAUUUCGUGGUUGCCGUUGAUAUGAAAUAAACACCUUUCUUGUACUCGUGCAGUAAUUUAAUUUAUUUGUUUCUAUAAGCAAAUACAUUUAAAAAGUAAACUCUUUUUUUUGUGUUGAUUUUCGCCCUGCUUUUGUAACGACAACGUAAAUUUUUUCCAGCAUUGUUAGGGCAUGGGAGACAUACUUCGCCAUCCAAACAGUUCUAUUUUUGUGAAUACUUUUCUGUUUGUUGCACUUCUUUGUAGUUUACUGUGACUCCCACAGGCUUCACAGACCUUAAAAGACUUGUUAAUUACAUAUUAUAUUGUAAAAAAAAUCGCAUUUACUACUUAACUUUUUAAAGAUUGAUUCACAUUGACACACAAUAUUAUCUGUAGCAGAAACAUAUACGUCCCUUACAGCCAGAUUCACUUCAUUGCUGCCUCCAUUCAAAGUAGUCAUGAGUACAGGAGAGGGGAUGUGUCACGUAAAUUUAUUUUAUUUUGUCAACUUUGAUAUUAGAAUUAUUUCAGGACGUGGAAGUACAUUAGGUUGUUUUAUUGCUCUGUUUCAUGUCAUGUGUGACUGGACAGAAAUGGAUAUAAAAUAGCGGCUUGCAUGUGUGAACAGCCCAUAUGGUUUUAAAAUCAAAACUGCUGCUAUGUGCACAAAACAAUUCUCCACUUCGUCACAUAUGGAGCUCAUUGUUUUCCUUUGAUGAAAAUCCAGUCUCUUUAGUUUCCUUGUAAACAAAGUCAUGACUAUAAAAUAAAAUUCAACAGAAGAAAACUGUGCAGAUAUUUCUGAGAAUUCUGCCUGCUAUAGUGUAUGUAGCAGCAGUUUUGCUAUGGUGCUGCUGUGCUAGUCCACCCAUUGUUAUUUAUUGCUUAAGUAAUAGAUUUAAAUCUUCUGUUGCAGUAUGAUGUUUUGAUUUCUGCUCUUUUUGUAAACACUUGUUGCAGUUAUAAGUAUUUCUUAUUUUUCGUCGGUAGGUGCUUUUUGUCUUUGUCUUGUGGAUUAUUUCCAAAGAUGUUUUUAAUUAUUGUAACAGAUAUUUUAAAUAUUCCAUUUUACUAUAGAGCAUAUAUAUGUAUAUGUAUAUAUUACAUAAAUAAAUAUAUUCUCCUAGGGAAAUAGGAAGAAUUAGCAAUGAAACUUUGUAUUAAUAGAUUUUUUAAAAGUUAAAUAUUUAAGUGAAUGAUAAGCAGAAUGUGUGUGUGUGUGUGUGUGUGUGUGUGUGUGUGUGUGUGUGUGAGAGAGAGAGAGAGAGAGAUAUCACAUGUGCGUGCCAACUUGUUCUGUUUCAGAGGACAAGUGACUGUUGAGAACAAAAGUUCAUUUGUGACUUUUCAUAAUUCAGAUGCACCAGCUGUGAACAAAAGUGCAACGGUAUUAUAGAUCUUGGAGGUGUGUAGUAAGACUUCUAUCCCAACAAUUGAUACAUUUAUUUUUAGUUAAAAAAGUUAAAUACUACACAAAAUUCAUUUAGCAUUUCUGUAAUGGGCUGUAAGUGUAGAGCAUCAAUUGAAGACACACAUCAGUAGCUUUUAAUUUUCUAUUUCUGUUAAUAACAACACUGUCUUGUCUUCACCAGUAUUUGUGUAUUCUGUAAUUUAUUACUUUCUUAUAUUGCUAAAAAUACAUGGUUUGAAACAGAGCAACUGUGAAGCAGCAUGAAAACUAAAAGAGUCGUGUAAAGUUUUCUCUUUGAAUCAUAAGGAUCAUAGAAAGGAACACAGAAGUUUAAAUCUUGUGUUUAGUAACAUGUUAUGAAGGUAAAAAAUCUCAUAACAUCUUAUGUCCUCCUCAACAAAUUCAAGUGAAGAUUCAAGAACUUCUGUGUUCAGAUUGGUCUAAAAAUGUAAGACACUGCCAGAAUACAAUUAUUUUUUAAUCAUAUUGUAAUUGUUAUUAAUUGAGUCUGCAACAUACGAUGGUUGGAAAAAGAGUGCAAGGAUAUCUGACACUUUUCUUGUUAACAUGAUGAUAUAUCUUUAUUCUUCCACAGUGUGUCUUUCCUUUCUUUCUCAUUCACGUAUAAGCUACACAUCUGCCUACACUGAAAAGCCCUUUCUUCACAGUAUUCAAGGAAAAUUUAUUAAUUAAACUCUUUUUUCUAAGUGUUAGUUUUGUAUACAUGCCUGGACAAAUGUGAACAACAGUGACUUCUCUGCAAGCCACUUUCUUUUGUUGAAUUCUUACAUUCUCUAAUCUCUGUAUUGUAGACUUAUUUACAAAAGACUACAAAUGUGUCAUAACUGACAAACAAAAUGAAGACAGGCAAGUUUCACCCGCUGGUGAAGAGUUGCCUGCAAUUUUUUGUAGUUGUUUUCAUCCAGGAAUUCUCAUUAUAGUGAUAACAAAUAAUAUGAUGACAUGUUUCUGAAUGGAUUUGGUUCUGGGUACAUUCCUGAUUAAUCUUUUCUAUAUGGUGAAUGACUCAGAGCUACUUUGUUUACAUUUCCUGUAACUUAAAAUUAUCAAUAUUAAAGUUCUGUCUACCGUAAUAGAACUAUUUGUUAUGCUGCCAUUAUCUGAAUAUUCCAUUAAAGAACGAAAUCUUAGAAAUUAAAAUAAAAAGCCUAUCUUUAUAAAUGUCAUAAGUUACUUUAAGCAGGUCUAAUAGUGGAUUAUUACUUUCAGUUUUUCAUUGGGUUUGUAGGAGUAGUCACUGGUCCUCAUUUGUAAAACCAGCAAGUCAACAUAAAAAUCAGAAUUUUCACAGAUCUGAAAUUAAUGGAAUUUCAUUUCUCAAGUGAAACUUUCAGAAAUACAGAACAAAACUGCAAAAAAUUGUAUCAUUCAGGCAGUUCACCCGAACCAACCAAAUAUCAAUGCUAUGUUCAGGAGAUCAGCGAUGAUCCUGAUCUAUUGCAUUAUGCUAAUUGUUAUACAGAAGUUGUAUUGUUUUAUUUGUAACUGUAUUGUUAAAAGAAAAUGUUGGGAUGAUUUGAAGUUAAGUGUUCAGUUUUGCAGAAAAUAAUUCCUUUUGUAUUUUGCUAAAUGAAGGGCAGUGCAAAUUUUCAUGCAUGUAUGAAUGGAAUCUGUAGUCAUUGCUUUUUAUACCUCUGAAGGACAAAAGAAUAAAUGAUUUUACUGUUUACUAA